AUGUCCAUGCACCAACGCUCAUUAUCAGCCGCCGCUGGGCGCGAAAAGACGCCGUUUGAGCAGCAGAGGGAGGCUCUCAUCGGCGAGAUUGCCAUGAGCUUCGAGCAGGUCCUUGCCAAUAUCAACAAGCUGAACAGGUCGCUCGAGGCUGUUAUCACGGUUGGGAAUGAGUUUUCCUCAGUUGAGGCCUUGUGGUCACAAUUCGAGAACGUCAUGGCCAAGGAUCCGGACGAGGGCAAGGCUGAAGGCGAGGGUAGCGAUGGAGAGCGCGAGCACAAUUCAAAACGGGAGGACGAGAACAGAUGA